GCAAAUCAAAAAAAUUCAAAGUUAGACUGAAAUGAGCUAACCAAUCAGCUGAUCUGUUUCCUUCUUGCCAUGUAUGGUUAAACUGAACAUGCCAAUUCAUGUUUUUGAGAUCACGAAUACGCUUGAUCAAAGUAGGAUUAUUUUCCGUUAACGUUGCAGUUUCUUGUUACCAUGUCGACCAACAUCUUCGAAUCACUUUCUACUUGAAGAUGGGUAAUUCCUUACCUACGAGCUAAAUUCAUUCCGAUAUACAUGCCCCACAUCUCAGCAUAGAUCUAAAUUCAAAAAACAAACUAUUUUAGUAGACCAUAAAAAACAAACCAUAGUUUCUAUUCUCUCACUCGGCCAGGCAAAGUACAGAGUUGAGAAGUUUGGAGCUUCAGCAGAGUGUACCUUCGUUCGUUCCUCUUCUCUUCCAUCAUGUCAAUGCUUCCCAAAUCAGAGACAAACGGCGUCCUCAUCCCUAUCGUCGACCUCGACAGCGACGACGUCGUCUCCUCUACAAUGAUCGACGUUCAUUUACCAGUUCGGUCACAGCAAAACCUUCCCGAGUCAACUUCAACUCCGUUCGUCUCUGAAAGCCGGAGUUUCUGGAAAGCCGGUGAUUAUGUUGUUGGUCCUACUUCAAAACCAUCUCAUUCUCAAGGUUAUUUGGAUCAUGCACGAGUUCAUCCCAAGUUUCUUCAUUCCAAUGCAACUUCUCAUAAGUGGGCUUUUGGAGCAAUCGCUGAGCUAGUGGAUAACGCUGUUGAUGAGAUUCAAAAUGGUGCGACUUUUAUUAAGGUUGACAAACUUGAGAACAUGAAGGAUAAUUCACCAGUGCUAUGUUUUCAAGAUGAUGGUGGUGGAAUGGAUCCCAACUCAUUACGAAAGUGUAUGAGCUUGGGUUAUUCGUCAAAGAAGUCGAAGACAACAAUUGGACAGUAUGGCAAUGGAUUCAAGACUAGUACUAUGAGACUGGGUGCUGAUGCUAUUGUAUUUAGCAGGUCUACACGUUCGGGCCGGGCAACACAAAGUGUGGGUCUACUGUCCUAUACCUUUUUGCGGAAAACCAGGCAAGAUGAUGUAAUCAUUCCAAUGAUAGAUUUUGACAUAUCUGGCAACUGGGCUGAGCCAAUUGUUUAUAGCUCACUGGAUGAUUGGUCAGAGAACUUGAAAACAAUUCUUGAUUGGUCUCCCUUCACAUCAAAGGAGGAUCUCAUGCUUCAGUUUGAGGAUAUAGGAUCACACGGAACCAAGAUUUUAAUAUAUAAUUUGUGGUUGAAUGAUGAAGGAAUAUAUGAAUUGAGUUUUGAUGAUGAUGAUGAUGAGGAUAUCAUGCUGAGAGAUGAGGCCAAGCCUGAAAGUGGGAAGAAGUUGAAUAAAAAAACUGUUCAGCUUCAGUCACAUAUUUCUUACCGCAUCCGUUAUUCUUUUCGGGCAUAUGUAUCACUUUUGUAUCUCAGAAGAUUUUCAAACUUCAAAAUCAUACUAAGGGGAAAACCUGUUGAACAAUUUGACAUUACGGAUGAGUUAAGACAUUCAGAAGUUGUUAGAUACAAGCCUGCGAAUGCGGCAAUGGUGGAGAUGACCAUUGGAUUUAUAAAGGAGGCUCCUAAUCUUAAUGUUGCUGGAUUUAAUGUAUACCACAAAAACCGCCUAAUCAAGCCAUUUUGGAAAGUAAACUCAGAUGGUUCAUCUAAAGGGAAUGGUGUUGUUGGAGUUCUUGAAGCCAACUUUAUAGAACCGGCACAUGACAAGCAAGAUUUUGAGAGAUCACUGCUGUUCUUACGUCUGGAAGGGAAGCUGAAACAAAUGAUUAAUGAUUACUGGAAGGGUCACUGUCACUUAGUUGGAUAUCAGCCUAUUGGAUAUCAGCCUAUUCGACAAUCAGCUGGGCAAUUAACUAAUUCACAGAAUGUGCUUCUUGCUGAUCCACAAGAUAUUUUCUUAGCAUCUGGGCAUCAACAAGUUGUGAAUUUAGAUCAGCCAGAUGAGGAUUUUCGUGCAACUGACAAGCAAUGUUCGACUCAUGAACAGUGUGGUACAUCAAUUGGAGCUCCAGCACCCGUAUCUAUUGAUGACAUCUGUGAAGAAAACAUCAAACUUUUCACGAGGUGUGAGGAGUACAGGCAAAAGGAAACAGAGUUGAAAACGACGGUCAAUGACUUGGAGAAGGAGUUGAAGGAAGCCCAAGCCAAGUGUGCCUAUGUUACUUCACUUAUAGAGGCUAAGAGAAAGUCGAAGAAUGUAUGCUGAUUAUAAUUUCUUGAUUACCUUCCAAGUAAUGUGUGCCUCUGGGAUCUGGCCAUAACAACUCUGCCUGAUUAGGAGAAACCAAAAUUGCUUUGGUCAAAUACACUUUGCAUCCUUAUCUAAUUUAGCGUAUGUUUAGUUUUGUGUUUACAAUCUGUGGACUUACGUUGGGACGAGUUAAAUUUGACCGACUCUGCAGUGAUACUUGUGGAUUUUACUAGAGAAAUCAAUUUGCCGUCCAAAUCAAUUCCAUAUGAAGCAGAAUAUUGUUACGUUUUUUGGAGUUUGAUUUUGCUGAUAAUUGUGUUAUCGUAUGUUUGAUGUAUAACGUGUAAGACUGUUUAUCCUCACCCUAUUUCAAUAGAUUUAGCUCCUCUAAAGUGGAUAAAGUAAGAAUAGUUGAUUUUUCAAUGAUUUAUUAUUCAUGUCAUAAUAUUAACCACCGAUGAAGUACUUAUAGGAUUCAAAUUUGGGUCCUGGGAUUUAAGUUGUUUA